AUGGAUUCAUCACUUCGCUCUCGACGCAAGGCAGUGCCUACCUCACUUAGCACACAGAACCAUGAGCGGUUCUACCCUGCGAAGACUAUUGUAAAACAGCGGCGGCGAAUGUCUGAAGCCACCGAAUUCUAUGACACGGAGUUUGAGGGUAGUGACUCAGACGAGGAAUCACUCCGGCAGAGCAUGCAAUCGUUGGGCUACGAUAGCAAUACCACACUCUCUACCCCAGAGCCACCACAGACACCGGAAGCGGCCCAAAGAAACAUACAGCCAGGCGAGAAAGGUAUGGUUGAAGGACCUUCUGGUCCUCACUUAUUCAGGAACUCAAUGGGAUCUACAAUCUUCGAGCCCGACACUGCAGCUGGUACCACCGAAAUAUCUCUUUACCUAGAGCGCUCUCCUCUGUUGUCGGGAUUUUCCUCGAUCAUGGAUACCCCCAGCCACAUUCCAUUCUCGCCGAAUACUCCCAACCGGUUUCCCAUGAUCUCUCCCAAGACGCCAAAAGCGUUGAAGACGGUGCACCCUGAUGUGUCCCAGGUGACUCAGGAGGAGAUAAGAAACUGGAAGCCUAGUCAGGUUGCCCACUGGCUGUACAUUGCAGGGUACACGGAUGCUGUCAUUGAAAAAUUCUUGAUCAACGAUAUCACUGGUGAAGUCUUGCUUACCUUGCAGGCUGACGACCUCAAGGAGCUGAGCAUUCACUCAUUUGGGAAGCGCCGCGAGAUCAUGGCCUCAAUCGAAUAUCUCAAGGCCACCAUGCAGAGGGAGCCGGAGCCUGUCCCGGAGAUUCCAUCUCGAUUCACCUCUGACGCAUCCCAUAAGCAGGCCAACCAGGAGCAGAUGAACCAGGAGCAACUCCCCGCCGAAUGGCCCGUUCCUCGGCGAGAAACUCCCGGGCGUAGCUCACCAAAGAAGCAAUCCUACGCGAUGUCUAUAUCCCCUACUGGUGAGAUUCUGUCUCACGACAGAUAUAGACAAGACGGUAACCAGAUUACACCUGCUGAAUCCGUCUCAAUUGUGGGAAUCGAGCAGGUGAUUCCAAAGCCCCACAAGUGCUCGAAAGGGGAGAAUUGCUCCAAGUUCAAGAAACAGCAAAGAUACCUGGCACAGCUUGCUGCCGAAAACCCAGGUGCAGUGAUUCAGGAACAGGACGGGGUCAUUAUCAUGGGAAACCCAGGAAACCCCGAGACCGGACGGAAUCUCCUGCGACCUAGAUCUGAGACAGAGCCUUCGGUAGUUGCAUCAUCAGACGUUCUUGGUCCUCAUCAUGGAUCUGCACUGUCUCAGGAUGCUGUCGACAGGAUCCCCAAGCUGCCCAAAGACGACAAUGUGCGAAGAUUCCUCGACUACCAGCAUGUGGAUACCAUGGCCGCCAAUCUUCGCACUCUUCCUAAGCUGACCAUUCCCACAAGUCCCGACGUGGAUGAAUUAACGACUGCUGUCACCACAAACAAAUACUUCACUCCCACUCAUCAAAAUGGCUCCCCUACUGCCGUUCAGCAAUUUGGUCCUUUCAGCCAAGCUCACGAGGCACAGUCAUUUGAGACAUAUCGCCAAGGCACACCGUUCUCUGAAAUGGAUGUUCCUAUCACUGCGAUCCCAAGUGACCCGAUUCCCCGGGAUGUCUCUCAAUCCGUGCCUCCGAGCAUGCAAUACGGUACCUUGUUCCCCCCGUACCAGCCUGCCAUGAACUCCGCUCCUCUCGCCCGAAGCACCUCCACCCGCUCUCGUCAGGUUCAGCCUCUUCGCCGAGUCAGCGAAGACAAGCCCCUGACUCCAAUCGACAACCCCGCAGAUCUGAUUCGGAGCCCUCGCGUGAAUCAACACAGCCACACCCGCUCCCAAUCAUCUGUCUCCUCCAACCCAGAUGUUACCCACGCGGGAUACAUGCGCAAGCGCAAGACCUCUGGUAUUCUGCGACACCACGAGUGGGCCAAAGCCCACUUCACACUCAAUGGCACCAACCUUGCCAUGCACAAGAACCAAAGUGAAGCACACCGCCUCUCUCGUGCCCUCGAGAGCAUCGAUGUUGAUGAUUAUGCCGUUGCUUGCUCUUCGCAGGCAACAAGCUCCAAGUUGACAGCUGCAUUCAAGCGUUCCAUCAUGCGCAAUGGAAACAAUGCCACUGAAACGCGCGAUGGUACUGCUUUCUCUUUCUCUCUCAUUCCUGCUACCAAGGAGAAUGAGAAGAAGGCUCUCUUUGGCAACAAGGGUGUCAAGAACCACCACUUCGCCGUUGACACUCGUGAACAGCGCAUUGACUGGAUGCGUGAGCUUAUGCUUGCUAAGGCUUUGAAGAAAGGCAAGGAGAGCGGCGACAACAUCCUUGUCAACGGCAACCCCUGGAUUUGA